AUGGGUUACUCUUUCUUUCCCCGGGCAGACCCGGCCGUCCCACCACCGCCGAAGGUGACUGUCGAGAAGUCCCCGAAACCAAAAUUCAACCCCGAAUUCGACGAGACAAGAGACGAGCCGAGAAGCAAUCUUCAUCGUCUGCAAUACGGUCUGGGGCAAUACGGCAUAAUAGUCAUCGGUGGCGGUACAGCCCUCAUACUCGCAAUCCUCGGCUUUCUCCUGUUUCUUUGGACAGCCGAAGGCAAAGACGACGGAAGGCAGGCUUCCAUUGCUUGGAGACGAAUCAUGCUUGAUCAGCGCAUAACCCAAGCAAUCACCAUAUCCACUGUUCUACUCCGAAGUGCGGUCACGGCCCAAUCGUCCAUCUACACCAGCCUCAUCGCUGGUAUCAUACUGGAAAAGCAUGGAGUACCGCUAUACCGAGUCGCCGAGGUGUCCAUGAUUCGCUGCGCGAACGACGGCCCUUUCGGACUGGCAUGGCUUCUCGUCACUUCUGCGCGCAAAUCGCGAUUACAGGCGACGCUCGCGAUCACCCUGCUUCUGACCACCAUUGCGGUCCAAUUCUCCUCGACACUUUUGGUCUCUGAUCUCGACUUCAACUCUCUUGUCGGAGAUCCUCGAGACACCUCUCUGAGGGUCCAUAUGAGUAUGGACGUGAUUACUCUGAAUCGCCAAUUGAAUGACUGGAUCUUGCGGCCUAAAGCAUAUGUGCCGUUUGGUGAAGCGCCUUCCGCGGGAGAUCCGACGCCUAGCGAUCUAGGCGUCAGCGACACUGGAUUCGUGAACAGGGUUUUCCUCCCGGUUUCGACAGAGAAAAUGGCCUCUUUGCGCGAGUAUGAUGGGAAAGGCUACGGCUUCGACUCCCGAUUCGUAUGCAUGCGUCCUUCCAUGUCCGCUAUCCUUACUGUUACCAUUCCACCGCCAGGAACAACGUUCUUGCCUUUCUACUUGGCAAUCGUCGGCAAUUUGUCACCGGCGACGACUUUCCGACAAGCCGGACUGCAGUUACCGGCAGGCUGCGAAGAUGGGCGAUGUUUCCCAUCAUCCUUCAACUGCUCACUCCCUCAGUUCCAAUACAGCCAAUCCCAGGUCAAACAGGGUCUUACCAACAGCCUUUGUCUACCGGAUGGCGUUAACGCCAGACCCAGCGCUCAAAACUUCACCAUCUCUGACCAAGGUAUAGCCGCUUGGUCCCAAGCCUUCCUCUUCUUCAGAACUAACGGGACUCACGACUUAUGGAAAGCGCCUGGAGGACAGUUUCGGGAUGGCAGUGUUCGUCUUGAGAGCAUCACCCGCACCGACGGAGAGUGGAUCACCUACGAGCCUGGGAUAGGUGUGCCGAACGCUGCUGGCCAACUGGUCAACAAUGGCGCGCUGAGGCUGGAUGUGUCAAUGUGUUUCCAGCAGUUGGCAGUCAACUUUGCCGACGUCCAGGUCUCGACCAAGAAAGACCUGGAGGCGCCGCAGGUGGUGUGGGAUAUCGAUGCAAAAGCAUGGGACACCAGAAAGGUUCGACGGCAACUGGGUAUUGGUCCUCGAUCCAACUCGAAGACGCGACGGGGUGUCUACACCGUUGACUCCAUCACGAACAGGCAGCAUCUCAAUGCCACGCAGUAUCUCACCAACAAGCUGAUCAACGACCUAUACAACUCGCCUCGAGACAAUGUCUCGAUCUUUCUAGAUCCCUUGGGGAGCGGCAUCUCCCAUGUCAAGCCCAACGUGGAGUACCAAGCCAUAUUUGCCGACAUCCUCAACGCGACCAACAGACCCGGUGUGGCGAUGCAGUCCACGUUGACUGCUCUAUCGGGCUCGAUCAUCAACGAGGCUCUUCCGCAGUUUGACGUUGUCGGGAACGCCGUGUUGACUUCUUCCGUCAACGUGCUGACCCCACAAAGCUUUCGGGGACUUCUCGUAGUUUACGCAGUGGUUGCCCUGAACAUGGCCGUUGGGUUGACGGUGAUCUUCAUGUUCAUGGUGCAGUGCCGUUAUUCCACCCAGGGCAACUACUGGCAAGGCGUCUCGCAACUUAUGUCUGAUGAGACGGCCUGGAUAGUAGAAGGGGCCACACAGUCUAGUGAUGCCCAUGUCAAGAGUCAGCUGGGAGAAGCAGGUCAACAUGUCUUGAUCAGCCGGUCCAGCCGGAGCGGUCGCGUAAGAGCAGCCACGGCUGAGUCAAUUGAAUGA